AUGAUUCAAAUAUUACAAUCAAUGAGACUUGUUAAAGAGGUAGAACUCGAACCAAAUUUGCAAUUAUUAGAUUUAAUUUUUCAUUUUAUGAACAUUCCCAUCCUAAAUUUGCUAUUAAAUGAAAUUAAAAAGUUUAUUUGCAAUACACCGAAAUCCAAAAUUCCUCAACUAGAUGAGUCAAAAGAGAUUGAAGAGAAAAGUGCACAACCAACCGAAAAAUGUUGUUUUAAACCAAUUGAUAUAAAUUCCAAUGAAGGCACAUUUCUUCAGGCAGCAAAGAAGGGCGGGAACAUCCAACUUAUGGAAGAAUACAUGUCUGAUCCGAAUUUUGAUAUUUAUUGCUGUGGCACCACAGGAAAUAAUGCAAUGAUGCUUGCAGCGCUUGAAGGAAAUGUUGAGAUUAUUAAGAUGUUGCACAAACAUGGCAUGAAUAUGUACAAAAGAAAUGCAGAUAAUUUAACGGCGUUUCAUAUAGCGGCAAUAAAAGGGAAUUUAGAUGUUAUAAAAUAUUUUGUUUCUAUCAAUUUUAACUUACAAUGUCGGGCUAAUAAUCUAAAUGGUUUAGAAUUGGCAAUUUUAAAUAAUAACAUGAAUAUUGUCCAGUACUUUUUAGAAGAAUUAGAUUUCGAGCCAGUUUUUGAUUAUGCUGUUGCCGCUAGUUCCCACGGAAAAAGGGAUAUCUUGACUUAUUUAAACAGGUUUAAUAUAUUUUGGGAAAAACAAAACAUAUUAUUGAAUAUUGCAGCCUCAAAAUGCAAUCUAGAUGCAAUUAAUUACUUUAUUGACGAUCUUCAUUUUGAUGUUAAUUCAAGAGACCAAGAAGGAAGAACUCCUCUUAUGAUUGCGGCCUUAACGAAACAAGAAGAAGCAGUAGACCUUCUUAUAGAAAAAAAGGCUGAUAUUAAUAUGAAAAGCGACGAAUUUAAAGAUGCCUUUUACUAUGCUGUAGAGAGCGGAAGCACAAAUAUUGUUUGUAAACUGUUUAUUAAUAAUGCAAAAAUAGAAAAUAUUAAUCAGCUAAUUACAGUUGCAAAAGCAAAAAAUGAUGAAAAAAUGGUAAGACUCCUCACUAACGAUCUAAAUUAA